AGGUAAAAGCCCACGCAAAUUUGGUGAAGCUUCUGAACUGAUUUCAGCUGCAGAAAUCGUCCAAUUCACGCAUGAAAUUCCAAACAACUAUUGAUUACUGUGCAAAAUCUUCAAUGUGUUGAUGAUUAACAGUUCAAUAUAUGCAAAUUGUGAUGGCUAGAGGGAUAAUCAAGCACUGGUGGCGUCGGUCACUGAAGAUCGCUGCAGUCUGGUUAAUCUGCGCUCUCACAUUCUUCUGUUUGUUUCAGAUGGCUCUACGCAACUCGUCAGCUCGCUCUAGUCGGAUCACACAGUCAACGGGUAAUGCUAUUGCGAAUGCUGAGCAACGAUCGAUACUAUAUACACAAUUGGCGAAAGAGCUGGAUGAGAAAGGAGCAGUUUUUCUCAAACAAGGACAGACUUCUCAGUCAUUAUCCCUAUCCGAUCUUUUUACUAUAAAGGAUGGAACACUGACCCCUGUUCUUAAGGUUGCGGAACCUCCAGUCCGAGCAAAUGUAUUGCAUUUAAGUACUGAGUUUUCCAUUCCAAUCUCGGAGGCCGUAAAGAACAUACUUUUGCCAUACUUUGGAGAAGCAAUCUGGUUUCAGAACUCGAGUAUGUAUCACUUUAGCAUGUUCCACGCCUCACAUCACAUAACUCCUGUCCCUGCCUCAGAAAAGGAGAUAGAAGCUGAAGCUCUUGCCGUAAAAGAAGUUUCGAAGUCGAUCUGCCCAAUGCAUAUUGUCCUAGAUAAGGUUGUUUUGACCUCGACUGGUGUAUUACUAGGUUGUUGGCAGGUGGUCUCUGGUACAGAUCCUGUAACCGUUCGUGCUAAACUAAGAUCAGCUCUUCCCCGCGCUCCACAAAAGCAGCUCUAUAACGAGGCAAUGCUUCAUACUUCAUUUGCACGACUUCUCGCCCCCCCUAAAAAGUUGUCUGAGGAGGAAAAGAAAAUGUCAGAUCUCCAAGUUUUCCAUGAGCUUGUAAGCAGACUAAACCGCAAGAUUGCUGGACUGAAGGCCACAGUUUCGGAACUCUGGUAUGUUGAAGAGUUCGAUUUGCUUGCACUCGCCUUGAAUGGAAACAUGAAGAUUCACGAUUUCAGUUUUGGUUGUUCAGAAGCCUAAUGUAGUUUUGUUUAUCUUCGGGAUUUCUUCACAUAUUUAAGAGAGAGUAACGUAGAAAAGUAUAUGUAUUAAGUAAAAUAUAUACCAACUAUACUCUUUACAUUUUAUAAAAAACAAAAAUAUAUGCA